AUGGAAGAGGAAGAAAAAACUCACAGAUGUCUUGAAUGUCGUAAAAGUUAUAAAAGAAAAUCGGAUCUAAACAGGCACAUUAGAUCGAAAAGAGCAAAAUACACAUGUUCGGUAUGUAACCAUGUAUUCAACAGGAAGGACAAUUUUUUUACUCACCAGCGACGGUUUCACAAUAAUAUGCCAUCCCGUCCUGAUAGAUGGAAUUUCAACGUAUCGCCUUCAACAUCACAUCAAAUAGGUGGAGGUUCUGAAUUGACUGAAACAGACUCUCAAAAACAAUUAAGGAAUGAGGAUCAAGCUGAAAACAAUCAUGAAAUUGUACGUGCUUUGAAUGGUUCUGUUAAUUCCAUUAAAAUAUACCCAAGAGAUGUGGAAAAAUUUGACAUGCUUGUAUUUUAUGGUAAUAUUAAGGAGAAAGUUCAGGACAUACUUGUAUCAUCAACCCCACUCCGUAAAGGAAUUAAAUGGUAUUUAAUGACUCGAGUAGAAUUUUCUCGUGAAAAAGAAGGUGUGUAUGAAACUGCCAAGCCUCAUUUUCGAAGCCUUACUUAUGCUCACUUGUUUGCGGAAGAUUUUAAUAUACACCAUUUAAACGAAGCGUUUCAAAAAAUGUUUACUUCUAAAGAAGAAUUCAUUAUGAAAGGUUCAGAUUGGGUUUUAUCCAAAGUUCUCUACGUUGAAGUAUGUUUUGUCCAUUACUUACCUCUAAAAGGCGGAAGUUACAUUGCAGCACCACCCAGAUUGCAACAUAGCAAAUCUUUAGUUAACAUUAAAAAUCGAGAUCAGAAAUGUUUUCUUUACUCGAUUUUAGCAAAACUUUACCCUGCAAGACAUAACCCGUCAAGAGUAAGCAAUUAUCAUCAAUACGCUGAAAGACUUAACAUGAAAGGGAUACAUUAUCCAGUUAAAUUGUCGCAGAUAGAAAAAUUUGAAAACCAAAAUCAAGUGUCGGUUAAUGUUUUUGGAUACGAGGAUCGAGAGAUAUUCCCAAUGCGAAUAACAAAAAAGAAAAAAACAUCACACGUAGAUCUUCUUUAUUUAAAAAACAAGGAUCAGGUUCACUACUGUUUGAUAAAAAAUCUCAACCGAUUUUUGUAUCGAACGUCUGGAGAGAUUUAUUGCCAUUCAAAACAUUAUUGUCCAUAUUGUUUACAUGGAUUCGUUAAACGACACACGUUAAACAAACACGUUGACUUUUGUAUGGCUCUCGGAGAACAAAAAAUUGAGAUGCCUGUACCAGGAGAAAAUGAUGUUUUACAGUUCACCGAAAUUGCAAAGCAGUUAAAAGUUCCAUUUACAAUAUAUGCCGAUUUCGAAACAUACGUGAAACCCAUUCAGACCUGUGAUCUCGAUCCAAAUUCAUCACAUACUAUCAAUUUGUCAGAAUUCGAACCUUGUAGUUUUGCAUAUCAAGUGAUAUCCAGCGACAUUAGAUAUACCAAAAAACCAGUCUUAUAUCGCGGAGAAAAUGUAGUAGAAACAUUUUUGAACAUGAUUUUAAAAGAAGAGGAAGAAAUACUUAAGUUACUAAAACGAAUAGAGCCCAUGGAAAUAAGCGAUGCAAUAGAAAAACAAUUUGAAGAGGCUACAAGUUGUCACAUAUGUGGUUUAGCAUUUAGUAGAAAUUCAACCAAAGUAAGAAACCAUGAUCACGUGAGUGGAAAAGUGUUUGGAAUUGCACAUCGCGACUGUAACUUACAAUUUAAACAGGUAGAAUUUAUCCCAAUUAUUCUGCAUAACUUGAGAGGCUUCGAUGGACAUUUAAUCAUGCAGAAAUUAGGUCUAUUCAAGAAUAAAAAGCUUAGUGUCAUUGCCAAUUCAAACGAGAGAUAUGUGACUUUUAGCUUAGGUAGCUUGCGGUUUAUUGAUUCAUUCCAAUUUCUAUCAUCUUCCUUGGAUACAUUAGUACAAAACCUCAAAUCAAGUGGAGACAUACAUUUUAAAUACUUUAGCAGACAUUUCAAAACCCAAAAAGAAAAGACAUUGCUUUUAAGGAAAGGUGUUUACCCAUACUCUUUUGUUACCGAUGCAUCAAAAUUUAUGACAAAACAAUUGCCUCCAAAAUCAUCAUUUUACAAUUCUCUAAGCAAAACUGACAUAUCCGAUGAAGAAUACAAACAUGCACAGCUAGUAUGGAAUGAAAUGAGUAUGACAACAAUGGGCGACUAUCAUGAUUUGUACCUAUUAUGCGAUGUCCUUUUAUUAGCUGAUGUUUUUGAAAGGUUUAGAGAAGUAUCAAUAGAGAGCUUUAAUCUAGAUCCGGCACAAUAUUUUACAUUGGCGGGAAUGUGUUGGAGUGCCUGUUUAAAAAUGACAAAGGUAGAAUUGGAACUACUGACAGAUAUUGAUCAAUACCAAAUGAUUGAAAAAGGUAUACGAGGAGGUGUAGCCAUGAUGACAACUCGACAUGCCGAGGCUAACAAUCCAUACAUACCAGAAACUUUUGAUGAAAAUAAGCCAAGAGAGUAUUUAGGCUACUUUGACAUGAACAAUCUUUACGGGGGUGCUAUGCUAGAACCGUUACCUGUUGGAGACUUUGGUUGGUUGACUGACAAUGAAAUAUCCCAACUCGACGUAAUGAAUAUUCACAAAAAUAGUGACAUUGGUUAUAUUCUAGAAGUCACUUUAAGCUAUCCAGAAAAUCUGCAUGAUCUUCAUUCAGACUUACCAUUAGCGCCGGAAUCUAUAACAGUGUACGUUGACGACUUAUCUCCAUAUUGUCGAGAGGAGUUUCAAAAAAUAAACAAUAAAACAAAAGGAGUUGUUUCAAAAAAAUUAAUACCAACUCUUCGCAAAAAAGAGAAGUAUGUGCUCCACUAUCGCAAUCUACAAUUUUACCUUAAAGAAGGACUUGUGCUAGAUCAAAUUCAUAGAGUCAUUCGCUUCAAACAAAAUGCAUGGCUCAAACCCUACAUUGAAUAUAACACCAACAAAAGACGACAAGCCAAGAGUGAUUUCGAAGUGAAAUUGUACAAAGACUACAACAACAUAGUGUUCGGGAAAACAAUGGAAAAUAUACGAAAUAGGAUGAACUUCAAAUUAGUGAAUACCAAAAAGGGCUUACUAAAAAUGGUAGCCAAACCAAGCUUUGAAAAUUUUACAAUUUUUAACAAACAUUUGGUUGGUGUAAAAAACAAGAAGGUUAAACUGCUACUUAACAAACCAAUCUACACAGGAAUGACUGUUUUAGACCUCUCCAAACUAUUCAUGUAUCAAUUUCAUUAUGGAUAUGUCAAAAAACAGUAUGGUGACAGGGCAACUUUGCUGAUGACUGAUACUGACUCCUUGUUUUACAAGUUUCAAACGGAAGAUUUGUAUCAAGACAUGGUUCAAAAUAAAGAGUUAUUUGAUACAUCCAACUACCCACAGAACCAUUUCCUUUAUAGCGAGACAAACAAGAAAGUAGUUGGGAAAAUGAAAGACGAAACCGGUGGGUAUCCCGUAAAAGAAUUUGUGGGACUGAGAGCUAAAAUGUAUUCAUUUUUGAUUCACGACGAGAAAGAAACGCAGAUAAAAAAGGCAAAGGGAAUUACCAAAGCUAUCGUCGCCAAGGAAUUAACCCAUCUUCAUUACAAGAAUUGUCUUUUUGAACAACAACGAUGUCGACAUAAGAUGCAGAACAUUCGUAGUGACAAUCAUAUCUUAUAUCUAAAAUCUAUCAAUAAAAUAUCAUUGUCGCCUUUCGAUGAUAAACGAUGGUGGUUAGCUCCAUUUGGAGUCGACAGCUUCUCCUAUGGACAUUAUAAAAUUUACAAAUGAGGAAACAAACGAAAUGUCUAGUUGAGUUCUACUUUAAUUUGAAAUGCAUGGACACUGUAUUAUAUAAUUAUAAUUGACUAAUUUGUAUAUAAUUAUAAAUGCUUAUUUAUAAAGAAAGAAUGAUAUAUAGUUUACUGAACAUAUAU